AUGUGUAGCCACCCCUCCAAAAGGGGAGAACUGGUUCCCAGGGCAGUGCUAGACAGUUUGAAAACUCUGAUUGGCUCCUAUGAAGAGCGGAGAGGACAAGAAAGCACCAUAAAAAGCCAAAUAAAAACCUUUUACAAGACAGCAAAUAUCUGUCAGAUCCUUGUGUGCAGCGUGGAUGGGGAUCUUUACCCACCUUCAGAAGAACCAGUUGCUACUACUGAUCCAAAAGCAAGUAAGAAAAAAGAUAAAGACAGGGAGAGUCCUCCGGGUCCCCUACCUCCACCGGGAGAAGUAAACAGAGAGACGGAUGACCCCAGCGUGGGUCCCAAGAUUCCACAGGCUUUAGAGAAGAUUCUUCAGCUGAAGGAAAUUCGCCAAGAAGAGCUGAUAUCAGUACAUGAAGUAGAGGACAUGGAGACAGACACAAAGUCAUCCUUGGGGGUUGCUGCGUCUGAGACUGAAGAAGACACAGGAUCUUUUUCUAAAGAGGAGAAAAACCGAAAGAGACGGAACCGCAAGAAGAAGAAGAAGCCCCAACAUGUGGCAGCGGGACUUGGUGCCCCCUCUGGGGGCUGUGAGAAAGAGACUCCAUGCCCCAGUGGCACAGACUCUCCGACUGCCACGGUAGAGAUCGAGUAUGUAACUGAGGAACCUGAACCCUAUGAACCAAACUUUAUUUUUUUUAAGAGGAUUUUCCAAGCUUUCAAGCUAACUUAUAAUGUGAAGAAAGAGAAGGAGCCAGAGAAACUGGACAAGUUGGAGAACUCCACAGCUCCCAAGAAGGGCUUCGAGGAUGAGCACAAAGACAAUGAUGACGAUAGUGAUGAUGAGCAGGAGAAGAAACCCGAGGCUCCGAAACGAUCUAAAAAAAAUCUACGGAGGAUGAACCGUUUUACUGUGGAUGAGCUGAAGCAGCUGGUGGCCCGGCCAGAUGUGGUGGAGAUGCAUGAUGUGACAGCCCAGGACCCCAAGCUAUUGGUGCACCUAAAGGCCACCAGGAACUCGGUGCCAGUGCCACGCCACUGGUGCUUUAAGCACAAAUACCUGCAGGGCAAGCGAGGCAUUGAGAAGCCCCCUUUUGAAUUGCCCGAUUUCAUUAAACGAACCGGAAUUCAGGAGAUGCGAGAGGCUUUCCAGGAGCAGGAAGAACAGAAGACCAUGAAGUCAAAAAUGAGAGAAAAGGUUAGACCCAAGAUGGGGAAGAUUGACAUUGACUACCAGAAACUCCAUGAUGCCUUCUUCAAGUGGCAGACCAAGCCAAAAUUGACGAUUCAUGGGGACCUUUACUAUGAGGGGAAAGAGUUUGAGACUAGGUUGAAGGAGAAGAAGCCGGGAGAUUUGUCAGAUGAAUUGAGGAUUUCAUUGGGGAUGCCAGUUGGACCAAAUGCCCACAAAGUUCCUCCUCCAUGGCUAAUUGCUAUGCAGCGAUAUGGACCUCCCCCUUCAUACCCCAACCUGAAGAUCCUUGGACUGAAUUCUCCCAUCCCUGAGAGCUGUUCCUUUGGUUACCAUGCUGGGGGCUGGGGCAAACCUCCUGUGGACGAGACUGGGAAACCGCUAUACGGAGAUGUAUUUGGAACCAAUGCAGUGGAAUUCCAGACCAAGACAGAGGAAGAAGAGAUUGACCCGACUCUUUGGGGUGAGCUGGAGCCUUCUAAUGAGAAAUCCUCGGAGGAGGAAGAAGAGAGUGAUGAAGAUAAACUUAAUGAAGCAGGCUUCAUUACCCCUGCAGACAGUGGUCUUAUCACCCCUAGGGGCUUCUCUUCAGUGCCAGCUGGGAUGGAGAUACCUGAACUGAUUGAACUCCGAAAAAAGAAGAUUAAAGAGGCUAUGAAUGGCAGUGAGACACCCCAGCUGUUCACUGUGCUUCCUGAGAAGAGGACGGCCACCGUUGGUGGAGCCAUGAUGGGUUCCACCCAUAUUUAUGACAUGUCUACGGUGAUGAGCCGGAAGGGCCCAGCCCCUAAACUACAAGGGGUGGAAGUGGCCUUGGCCCCCGAGGAGUUGGAGCUGGAUCCCAUGGCAAUGACCCAGAAAUAUGAGGAACACAUGCUCGAACAACAGGCCCAGGUGGAGAAGGAGGACUUCAGUGACAUGGUGGCUGAUCAUGCUGCCAAGCAGAAGCAAAAGAAGCAGAAGGCUCAGCCCCAGGAGAGCAGAGGGGGAAGUAAGAAGUACAAAGAAUUCAAGUUUUAAACCCGAAGAUUGGCUCCUGCCUAUCCUCCUUGGACCCUGCCUUUGGCUCCUCAAGAUUCCAAGGACUCUUCAUUUCCACGUUCUUAUUUCAGACGCAUUUUGUAAAUAAAAAUUCUUCCCU